UACAGAACAGGAUGCACAUUUAAUAUAACUAUCGCCCUCGUAUGUUCACCAGUAAUUUCAGCAGAUAUUUUGACCAAGACCUAAACAAAGGCGCUAGGAGUCGAAAUGGAAUUCACUUGGGAAAGUUUGGAACGCUUCGGGACAACGUCGACCAAUCAGAGGAGGCCGUGGUCUGCCAGUCCCAGCUGGGGAGUGGUCGCGAGGGGAGAGGUCCGCCGCCAAAUUCAAACACAGAAAGACAAAGUCCCGAGUGCAUCCAACGAAAGAGGAGCAAAUCCUACUUUAACUACAAGCAUGUUUUCGGCAGGGAAGAGUGGUCGAGGCGGGGCAUGGAGGGCCCACCAUGUUUUGGAGGAGUCAGAUGGGGGUGAAGCAGACUCCCCCCAGGGUCCGCCAGCCCCCGACCGCUUUAGAAAGCUCCGCUCCUCCUCCUCCCUCAACUCCCUCCACAUGACACUGAAGAAGAGGCUGCCCCUGCGCUCUGUCCAGACCAACUCUUUGCCAGAACCAGAGCUGACCCCUGACCCCACCUGGGAGAGCCUGCAGGCCAAUCAGAAGACCAGCACUGUCCAACAGCUCACACGCAGCGCACGCAAUCACAUCGGGGGAGUUUACCAGAGAUUCCAGAGGAGCAGAGCGGAGUCACGUGAGGAGUCUCUGGUGUCCACGCCUGGUCGAGUGUGUGAGGGAACAGACAACAGCAUGGGGGUCUCCUCUCGUACCCCCAGACGCACCCCUGUCCGUUCCACCACACUCCUCCCCUCCACAACACCCAAACGCACCGCCAGAGCCGGCACACCCAAACGCACCCCUGGUGGGGGGGGGAGUCCUGAGGAGCGGGUGAGAGGGGUGAAGAACGGGGGAGGGAGGAGACAACUGGUUCGUAUGGCAGCACUACGAAGCCCCUUUGCCUCUCCCAACACCCAGAGCCUCAGACGGAUGUUUGACCGGGACCUGGAGAGUGUGUCCAGCGGCCUCAGGAAGCUGAAACGUCUGUCCCAGGCUUUUGAUGAUGUAAUCGGGAAAGAUGACCGAAGAACGGCCAGAUACUCUCUAAUCACGGAGUAGAACGCCAGAGUCAUAUGGAGGGCUGGUGAUUAGGAGCCUGGCGGGAAAAUGAGCUGAUCCUACCUUCACCAUUACACACUCCCUCAGCUACACCCACAAGCCUGUCUUUUGUUACAUCCUGGCAACCCACAGGGCUACUUCCUACCAGCCUGUCUGUGUGUUGCCUGUCUAUUUUGUAUUCUGCACACCUAUGUUAAUGUAUAAGUAUUCUAUGCUGUAACCAGACGGUUUCUGUGUUAAUGUAUUUUAAUCUGUUCUAUGUUACCCUGUCUGGUUCUGUGUUUUCUACAUUCUGGGAUGUCAAGGUACAGUUGAUGAUGUUGGAAAUGUUGCGUAUUGGGGUUUCCUCUUGACAUUGAGAUAAAACAUUUUGUAGCUUUACUGGGCAAGUCAAUUAAGAACAUUUACUUUGUUUACAACGACAGCCCAGCAAAUACCAAACAUUACACUAAUAUUCUGACAGAGCUAAUAUGCUUAGAGAUCAGUCCUAUAAGUAGUUGUACUGUAGUUGUACUAUACGGAACCUCUAGUAGGGAUGUUUACAGGUUCAAUCUGUUUGAUAUCAAAGAGGACCCCUGUAUAGACCCGGGCCAGUACCCCUGUAUAGUCAGGGUUAGCUGAUGUGGGUUUUCUGUCUCCGGGGCCCUGUGUUGACGACGAUAGUCCACUCUGUAGAUUGGAUCCUGUCCUGGGUGUGACCUGUACUAGGUGUGACCUGUCCUGGGUGUGACCUGAUACUGUGCCAUCUGCUGGGAGAACUACAGCUACUGUUCAGCAGCAAUAGUGGUUACUGUUAACCUAACUAACCUUUAAACAAGCUAUUUAAUUAACUGUCAAGUUUUAUAUAAACAUUGUGCCAAGUUUUAUAUAAACAAAACUUAAUAAAA